AUGAUAUCUACUGUAUGUAAACGAACUAGUCAACAUUUAUUAGAAACAUUGAUAGAAUGUUAUAAUUGUUUAGAUCAUUUAAGAGCUACAAGACAAUUUUCACACUUAGGACAUGGGGAUUUUAUUCGACAUUUUGUGGAUUUGUUAGAUUCCAAUUUAAAUGAAUCGUGUUCACAAAUACUAAUUAGUCGAUUAAGUGGUAUGUCGAAGACAACUAUACGCGAGUCUAAUACACAGUAUGAGCAACCGCAAAUCCUUCAACAUUUGGGAGUUCAUUUACUGCAUAUAUAUCAGCAGGUCAAGAUACUGACUGGAUGGGAUACAUUUUCAUUAGAUUAUCAUGUCGAUGGUGCAUUGGCUACAAUACUCACUGUAUUUUAUUCAAAAUAG